AUGGCUUCCACAACCCGCCAAUUCGCCCGCACGGCGAUGCGAACCACAACCCGGAGCACCUUCGCAACAGUAGCUCCUCGCACAUUCCGCCAGAGCGGCCGUCGCUUCUACUCCUCCGAGCCCCCCAAGUCUUCAUCCAACCCUCUGCUCUGGGUCGCCGGUGCCGCGGCAGCUGGCGGUGCCGGAUAUUAUUUCUGGAGCCAAAACAGCGCCCCUGCCACACCCAAGGUCUUCAAUCCCACCAAGGAGGACUAUCAGAAGGUGUACAAUGAGAUAGCAUCGAGGCUCGAAGAGAACGAGAACUACGAUGAUGGCUCGUACGGACCGGUUCUCGUGCGAUUGGCCUGGCAUGCGAGCGGUACCUAUGAUAAGGAGACCGGGACUGGUGGCAGCAACGGCGCCACGAUGAGGUUCGCUCCUGAGGGUGAUCACGGCGCGAACGCCGGGCUGAAGCACGCCAGAGACUUUUUGGAGCCUGUGAAGGCCAAGUUCCCCUGGAUCACCUACUCCGACCUCUGGAUCCUAGGUGGAGUAACUGCGAUCCAAGAGAUGUUGGGCCCCAGGAUUCCCUACCGACCUGGUCGCUCUGACAAGGACAUCGCAGCCUGCACCCCCGACGGUCGUCUGCCGGAUGGUUCCAAGACGCAGGACCACCUCCGUUCCAUCUUCUACCGGAUGGGCUUCAACGAUCAGGAGAUCGUCGCUCUUUCCGGGGCACACGCCCUUGGACGGUGCCACACCGACCGCAGUGGCUUCGAUGGGCCCUGGACCUUCUCCCCCACGGUGCUGACCAACGACUACUACAACUUCCUGGUCAACACCAAGUGGGAGCAGAAGAAGUGGGACGGCCCGCGUCAGUUCGUCGACAAGGAUACCAAGUCGAUCAUGAUGCUUCCUGCCGACAUGGCGCUUGUGCAGGACAAGAAGUUCAUGGAGUACGUGAAGAAGUACGCCAAGGACAACGACGCUUUCUUCAACGAUUUCAGCAAUGUUGUCGUCAAGCUGUUUGAGCUUGGAGUCCCGUUCGCCGAGGGCACCCAGCGCUGGGAAUUCAAGGGCACCCAGGAGUGA